UGCAGCACGGCUCCAUUGCCAUGCGCCACGCGUCCGCCACGUCGGCGCUCUCGAACACGUGUCCCGUCGCUCCUCCGGUGUGCUGCGGCUGCGCAAUAUAUAUAGCCCAUCAACAUCAAGCAAAUUCAAUUCAGUCGACCGCUUAGCUUGGCUUUGCUUCAUCGUUGCAUUGGAUCGUUCAGAUCAUCAGCCGCAGCAGGAGGAUCGGAGGACAUGGCGGCUUCGGUUGCGCGGCAUCAGCUUCAGCAGCAGCAGCAGCCGACGGGGGCGACGAGCAUGAUGGCGCGGGUGGAGCGACUGGACCUGGUGCUGGGCUACCUGGAGGAGAUGAUGCAGCAGCAGCACCGCCGCAGCAGCAGCAGUACCGGCGGCGGCCUCAUGACGAUGACGAGUGAUGACUCGUCGGCCGCCAGCACGCCGAGGGGGAGCAAGAGCUGGUGCCGCCGCCCGGCCAAGGAGGCGCUGGAGGAGGCGCAGGCCAAGGGCACCCUCGUCGACCGCAUCGCCUUCCUAGAGGACCGCGUGCUCAAGAUGGAGGAGGACAUGGACAUCAUCACGCCAGAGAAGACGAUGACGAUGAGCGGCUAUGGCCACGACGCUAUCUGCAGGGAUCAUCGCAGCAGCAGCAGCAAGAAGAAGGGGCUCAAGAGCUUUGUCAAGUCCUGCGUCAGAGGCAAACUCAAGACCAAGGACUAGCAACUGCAAGCUACCACUACCACCUAGUAUAUACUAUCAGCAUAACAUAUAUAUAGUACUAGCUAGUAUGUUGUGUGUAUGUGGAGCAUAUGUGUAUGUAGCUGCCACCGGAACACUACUCCAUAUAUAUUUUCCUUCAAAAAAAAAACUACUCCAUAUAUAUUGCCCCAUGCGUAUCAUGUUAUUAUGUACUCCUACUACAAAAUGCUACGUCGUCUUGCCUUGGGAAA